AUGAUGAUGCCCUCGACAGGCCCUCGGAACUCCCCCGUGCGCCUGUCGGAUGCCGCGGGGCACCCACAUGAGAUGGAUAGACCUGUGAUAGAGAACUGUGCGCAGGCAAACCCCCUUCUCGCCGCUCCGCCCAAUCACCGGCACAAGGCAGGCGAGCAAUCUGUGGUGUCGUGUGCACCAUCAGGCGCCCCAAGUGCUGUACUUGCGUCUGAUGUCGCCGCUCUUCUGCGACACGCGGUCGUCCGUGACUUGAUUCGCGAGAAUGAAGGCAUGUUGAUGGAGAUCGCGGGGCUGCGGGAGACGAAGAGACGCUGGUGCGCAACUCAGCUGCGCCUCGUCACACUGGAAGAGAGUGCCGCUCGUGGGGCGCUGAAGGCGGCGGAGUCGAUCGCGCGUGGGGUGUGGGCUACCCGCGCUCACGCCUCCCUGGCAGCGCACGUGCAGCGAUUAGAGCAGCAGCUGAGCGAUGAGGCGGAGGUGGCGGCGGAGCUGCGGGGAUUCGCCGAGCUGGCACAGGCGCAGCUGGCUACCAGCCCACGGCCCCAGGCGCAUGGCGCCACACCCGAGAAAGAAAAGUACGCGUCUCCACAUGCCAAGGCACGGCGAGGCAGCGGGAUGGGUAACGUGGAUGGUGACAGUCAGCGCGCCAGCCUCGAAGAGAUCACGAAUGUUCGCGGGUCAGUGAAGCGGCUGCGCAGCGUAGAGAGCAGCGACAGCAUUGGAACUCCACGCGGCCAAGCACGGCGCACCAGCAGCAGCCAGAAGAGCCCCGGUGCCCUCACGAAGGUGCGCAAAACGAUUUACUGA